AUGCCGUCGGCUACUACCUCAACCGCCAUGCAACAAAUGCAGUCGAUUUCGGGCAUCACGACGCAAAUUCAAGCCACAUCGGGUCAAGUGCCUCCUCCACUGGUGGGAGCGUCUGUUAGUGUGGUGGAUGAUCGAGUCUUUGUGUUUGCAGGACGACUCGUCAGUACACGUCAAAUGACCAAUUACAUGUAUGUGCUCGACUUGCAUACGCUUGAAUGGACACGGCAUAUCCCUCCUCCAGAUUCAGCCAAGGCGCCUCGUGCUCGAUACUUUCAUUCUGCCAAUGUGUACAAGAAUUCGAUUGUUGUAUUUGGUGGCAUGGGCACUUCACGCAUGUCUCAAGACAACCUCUGUGUCCUUGAUGAUGUAUCCAUAUUCGAUGUCACCACCAUGAGCUGGAAACGACCUACAGUGGAACCAUCCUUAUUUGCUCCUCGACCACGUUACGCACAUUUAGCAGCAGUCAUUGAUGAUAAGCUUGUUGUGAUGGGUGGACAAAACAUUGAAAAUUCGUAUCUCCAUGAGAUCAACGUACUUGAUAUGACAUCUUGGGAGUGGAUUCAUGCACGCACCAUUGAACAACAUGUGGGUACUUAUCGCUCCAUUGCCGUGGCAGCACCACCAGGCACUCGAUUACCUGCAGGUACACCAAGCAAUGAUAUGCCCAGUAGUCGAGUAACAAGUCCUGAUCCAAUGAAUGCCGUCAGCUCACACAACACUGGAGGUGGUGGUGGUGGUGGAAAUAACGACGCACCAUCAUCAUCAUCCAUUUAUGUUUAUUCCAAUUACAACUUUACCGAUGUUCAACGAGAAUUGCAGGUGAUUCGAUCACCCUUGGGUACAGGAGCCACCGUGGAAGAUUGUACACAUGCUAUGGCAGGAACUCUAUUGCCUCCAGGACUGCGAUUCCCUAGUGGCCAUUCGCUUGGACAUCACGUGGUCAUUUGCGGUACCCAUUUAUCACCUCAACAACAAACAUUUGCUAUUUGGGCAUUGGAUUUGGGAACCCUUGCAUGGUCAAGGAUCGAGACGGGUACCAUCUUUAGCCGUGGAUCAUGGAAUUGUGGCACUGUAUACCCGAACAACAACCGAGCUUUGGUAUUUGGUCAUCGUGAACGGCAUUUAAUGGAAGACUACAACCAUCGACAGCUGAACUUUGAUCAUAUUGCAAUGAUUGAUCUCGAAGCCUUUGGUGUCUAUCGUGUACCGGAGAACACGUGCUCAACGUUGGCUCAAGAAAUGGGCUUGAGUUUAUUGAAUGAACCCACCGUAUGUGAUUUUCGGAUUGUGAGCAGCGAUGGGCGUUCGAUACCAGUCAACUCGGCUGUAUUAUCCCAACGUUGGUCCUACUUUGCACAAUUGAUGGAGACACGCAACACACGACAACGACCCGAAGGAACAACAUUACGCACGCAUAGCUUGAGUUUGCCUUAUCCAUAUCCAGUGGUCAUUGCAUUGCUUCAAUUUUUGUAUACGGAUCACCUGAUCACAGCUCAGCAAUAUCAGCCCCAUAUUCUUGCUCAGCUAUUGUUAUUGGCCGAUAUGUAUGGAUUGGGUCGACUAAGAUUACUCGCCACGCAUGCUUUGCACCAAAUGCUCAAUAUGGCAACAGCACCACUCAUCUUUGAAACGGCUGCCCUUUCUCACCAAACGAGCUUGCAAGUCCGUGCACUUAAGAUGAUGAUUGCGGCUAAAAAGAUGAUCCAGCAACAACAACAGCAGCAGCAACAAGCAGCAACACCACCCACCACGAUACCACUACAAUCGAUGAGCCAUACACUUGCUUCUAAUGGUACAACCACCACCACCAGCGCAUACCCAACGACUGAUAAUGCAUUUAGCCGUGAGACACACCAACGGCUUUUACAGCAACAUCGACCCGCAUCACCCUCCGCCUCCAACAAUCCCAAUUUUAUUCAACGUUCAGCAUCUGUUUCUUCAGCUGGUUACUUUGAGCCUCCUAUCAGUGGUGGUCCUGCUAUGGGUUCUUCUCCUCGAUUCCCAAUGCCAUCUCGCAGUACGACCCUUCCACCUAAUCAACAACAUCCACUUUCUCCACCUUUGCCAUCCCCUUCACUCGCUUCCGCUAAUAUGCCCAAUCCAUUCUCCGUAUUACCCAACCCAUCUUCUUCUCCACCUCCUUCUGCUGCAAGUCCAGAUCUUGGUUUUCGUCAUUCGCCUUCGUUAUCAACAUCGAAGCCACUGGUGCCUGUCGCUGUCGAUGCCAUUGCUUCUCAGGGCAGCAAUACCACUGCAAGUGAUUCCGAUGGUGGUGGUAGUAAUCCUAUUCCAGGCGCUGGUACCAUCAAGAAAAAGAAGAGACCUUUCCUUAGUAGCAAAUUUGCAAAGAGUUUUGCUUCAUAA